AUGGCCCUAGGUCUCCUGUGGCUGGGCCUUGUCCUGCUGGGGGUCCUGCAGACCCAGGCCCAGGAUUCCACUCCAAACCUGAUCCCAGCCCCACCUCUGCACAGGAUCCCUCUGCAGCCUGACUUCCAGAAUGAGAAGUUCCAGGGAAAAUGGUACAUCAUAGGAUUGGCAGGGAAUGAAAUUAAUAAAGAAAAACACAGCCAGUUUAAGAUGUACACCACCACCUACGAGCUGAAAGAAGACAACAGCUACAAUGUCACCUCUACCGUGGUCUGGAAAAAGGCCUGUGACUACUGGAUCAGAACUUUUGUCCCAUGUUCUCGUCCAGGCCAAUUCACCCUGGGAAACAUCGAGCGUUACAUUGGAACCAAGAACUACACUGUCCGAGUGGUGGCCACAGACUACAACCAGUUUGCCAUGGUGUUCUUUGAGAAAGUUUACAAAAACCAGGAGUUCUUCAAGAUCACCCUCUAUGGGAGGACCAAGGAGCUGCGUCCUGUGCUGAAGGAAAUCUUCAUCAACUUUGUCAAAACCCUAGGCCUCACUGAUGAGCACAUCAUCUUCCCUAUCCCCAACGAUCAGUGCAUGGAUAAGUGA